AUGUUUCUACGUGUGAAAAUUGACCGUCGCGACCAACCCGCGCAACUGUUUCUGUGGCAAGGAAACGAACGAUCUAGUCCGCCGCGAGAGUACGUCAUGACGUCAAUGAUUUUCGGUUUCACACAAAAUUCACCGUUUCUCGCACAUAGCGUUAGGGAUUAUAACGCGCGCGCACACGCAGAAACACAUCCGCUCGCGCUUAACGCUAUCGUACGUAGUCAUUACAUGGAUGAUUACCUAGACAGUUACGCAACGGUAGAGGAGGCAGUGAGCACAGCGAAGCAGGUUACCGAAGUACACCAGAAGGCAGGCUUCGCGUUAGCAGGCUGGAACUCCAAUCAUGCAGCCUUACUAGAGGACAAGCCGGAGGAGCUGCUGGCGCGCAAGCCUAAGGAGGUGGCCUAA